CUGUGUAUACUAUAUAAUAGAUAGAUAAUCCACCAAAGUCUAUAAUAUAGCAUAACAGAAUAUUGUUGUUGUAGGGAGUGUUCAUCAGGGUCGGCUAAACCAAGGCUGUGGCUCAGUAUAAAACUAAAUUGGCACCUGAGGGGGGCAGUAGUAGUAGUUUUGCCUUCCUGGUAGAAAAUACUAACGAAUCUGCACCAUGUUCCAAUUUGUCGUAGCAGUAGCCCUAGUAGCAUCAGCCUGUGGGCAAGGCUACCAUGGAGACCCUCGCACGGCGGCCAUCUUGGCCGAGGACCGCUACCUCCAAGCAGACGGACGCUUCGGCGCCCAAUACCAGCAGGAGGAUGGCGUCAACUUCAAAGAGGAGAGCUCCCCAGACGGCACCAGGAGAGGCAGCUACUCCUACCUGGACCCCAACGGCCAGAGGCACACCAUCAGCUACACCGCAGGCAAAGACGGCUUCAUGGCUUCCGGAGAUGGCAUACCGCAGCCUAUCCCCACCACCCUACCUGUCGCUCCAAGACCCAACUACCAGCCUCUGCCCCAGUACAACCCUCCCGAGUACUCGCAGCCUAGACCUCAGCCUCAGUACCAGCCGCAGCCACAAUACCAGCCGCAGCCGCAGUACCAGCCGCAGCCUCAGCCUCAGUACCGGCCUCAGCCUCAGUAUCAGCCGCAGCCUCAGUACCAGCCUCAGCAACAGUAUCAGCCACAGUACCAGCCUAGUACCACUCCGUCGCCGCACAGGUUCUAUCCUCCUGGGAAGUUGAAUUUGAAUAGGUCGCCUGACGGUUUUCAGUUCAGUUUCAAGAGUCAAUGAGAGGGGUUGUUGGGGUUGAUUUUUAGCAGUAAGGGGUUUAAGAUGUUGGCAACUGCGUAGAAGUCUUACAAAAUACUAAACAGAGGGUUUCCUGAGCACAAAUAAAUAUUUCAAGGGUACACAAUAUCGAAAUCAAAGUAUUUGAUCAUUUUUUUGUUUUCAAGUCAUGUAAAAACAAGGAUGUUGAUUCAGGAGUUUUUCAUGAUCAUCUAUGAUAUCAUUGAAUAACAACUAUAUUUAUUCGUGUAUAAUAAUUGUUAGUAGUUUGCUGGUACUAAAGUGAAUGUGAUAUCAGACUGAUAAGAUCUAUAAAAUAAAAAAUAAAAGACCAA